UGUGCUUCUCCAGUGCGGCUGACGGAGCCGCUGGCUGGAGCUACGACUCUCCCUGCCCUCCCCCGGCCUACCUGGCUCCCCAGGAGGGGCAGCGCCCGUCUGGCUGCGCUGGGACUCCAUCCUCCCCGGCUCCCAGCCCCGCACAGGUGUCAGCUAUUGGGCAGAAUAUGCAAAUGGCCGGGUGACGUCAGGCAGCUCCGGUCCAGGCAGCAGAAAUAGGGCAGGAUUCGGCGUUUACACCUCCUGGAUUGCGACUGCCGCCGCCGCCGAGACUGUGUUGUGAUUUUUUUUUUAAUUCUUCCCUCCCGUCUUCUGUUUCGAUCUCCCCGGGUUUGCCUUCUCCAGGCUCCAGCCUUUCACGAUUUCCUCCCCUCUCCCCCACAAACGCUCCUGCCGACGUCUUCAUCCUCCCUCCCCACCAGGAGAUUUAAAAAAAAUACACCAAAACUCUGACAUCCCUUUUCUUCUUCUUCUAGCUGCUAGAGGCUCUGCACUGUGCUCCCUGCCACGGCAUACUACAGACUUGAUAUAAUGAAAUCGAGAAGCUUUUGGUCACUUCUGGUAUUGCUUGAAGUUAUCCUGUCUGCCACCUGGGGGUGGAUGGAAUCAGAUGGGACCAGGAGGCUCUCUGUGGACGCAGGGAGGUUGCAACAAAAGGAAUCCAGGAGCUUUGAAGUCACAAGAAGAAAAGUGCUUUAUGGGCAAGAUGGCCUACAUGCAUCAUGUGAAAAAAAGUACUGUGGCCGGGGAAGUAAGUGUGUUGUUAACAAGGAGACUAAUCAGCCUGAAUGCAAAUGCCUAGAAGACUGCAAGCCCAGUUACAUGCCGGUCUGUGGAUCUGAUGGCAAAUUUUAUGAAAAUCACUGUGAACUCCACCGAGCCUCAUGUUUGCAAAGGAAGAAAAUCUACAUUAUUCACAGCAAGGACUGUUUCUUCAAAGGUGACACUUGCACAAUGGCAAACUACAGCCGUCUUAAAAGCAUACUCCUGGACUUUCAGGCUCAUCACCACAACCAGCUGGGCAGCCCUGUGGAGGAUAGAACAUUCCAGAAGCGCUUGUUAGUCGAAGACCUGUUUAAGUACCUGGAUAUAAACAGUGACAGGCACCUCAGUAGUGCUGAACUGGCUCAGCUAAUGAAGAAAGAAGCUCUAGAAGAUGAUUUCUUGGAUUGUACUCUGGAAGAUCUUCUCCGAUUUGAUGAUUACAACAAUGAUGGUUAUUUAACUCUGCAAGAACUCUAUACUGCAUUCCAGGUGGUACAACUCACUCUUCCUGAAGAGCAGAAGGUUAGCAUUACCACGGUGACGGUUGGACUGAGCGCUGUAUUGACCUGUGCUAUCCAUGGAACCCUUAGGCCCCCCAUUAUCUGGAAACGCAAUGGAGUCAUACUGAACUUCCUAGAUUUGGAAGAUAUCAAUGAUUUUGGAGAAGAUGAUUCCCUCUACAUCACCAAGGUAACAACUAUUCACAUGGGCAAUUACACCUGUCAUGCCUACGGCUAUGAAGAGCUGUAUCAGACCCACAUCCUUCAGGUGAAUGUGCCGCCAGUGAUUCGUGUAUAUCCCGAAACUCAGGCACAGGAACCUGGUGUAUCUGCAAGCCUCAAAUGCCAUGCUGAAGGCAUUCCUAAUCCCAGAAUUUCCUGGCUAAAAAAUGGCAUUGAUAUCAUGCCCAAACUAUCCAAACAACUAACACUCUUAGCAAAUGGAAGUGAACUUCAUAUCAGUAGUGUUCGAUAUGAAGACACCGGUGCCUACACCUGCAUUGCUAAAAAUGAAGUGGGAGUGGAUGAGGAUAUAUCUUCUCUCUUCAUCGAAGAUUCUGCCAGAAAGACUCGCCUAAGUGUGGGAAAUAUGUUUUAUGUCUUUUCCAAUGAUGGGGUCACAAUCAUUCAGCCAAACGAAUGUGAGAUCCGAAGACAUAUCAAACCCAGCGAGAGGAUUUUUACAAGUUAUGAAGAGAUCUGUCCUAGAGCUGAAGGUGAAGCUGCUCAGUCCUGCCUCUGGGCUUCAGCUGUCAAUGUUAGAGACAAAUAUAUUUAUGUGACACAGCCGAAGCAAAACAGACUAAUGAUCAUUGAUAUCCAGACACAAAAAGUCAUGCAGUCUAUAGAUGUUGACCCCCUACCAGCCAAAUUACAUUAUGAUAAAUCACAUGACCAAGUCUGGGUCCUUAGCUGGGGGAACAUGCUGAAGUCCCAUCCAACACUGCAGGUAAUAACAGAAGCAAGUGGAGGGGAAAUUCAUCAUAUCAUCCACACACCAUUUGAAGAUGUGGAUGAUUUUUUCAUACCACCAACAAAUCUUAUUAUUAAUCACGUUAGGUUUGGUUUCGUCUUUAACAAAUCAAGAUCUGCAGUUCACAAAAUUGACCUGGAAACUGUGACCCACAUCAAGACAAUCAGCUUCAAAAACUAUAGCUGCAAGCCACAGGCCAUGGCCUAUACCCAUUUGGGCGGCUACUUCUUUGUCCAGUGUAAAAAAAAUACAUCAACAGUAGCAUCUCCCCAGCUCAUUAUUGACAGUGUUACAGAUUCUGUGAUUGGCCCUAACAGUGACAUAUCAGGUACGCCCUAUAUUUCCCCUGACGGACGCUAUUUGGUGAGUGCAGCUGAAGACAGUGGCAGGAUUAAAGUCCAGGCAAUAACCAUCCAAGGGGAAAUCAAGUUGAUGUAUGACUUACAAACAAAUGUGCACAUAUCUGAUCUGACAUUUCAACCCUCUUUCACUGAAGGCAAUCAGUACUAUAUAUAUGCUACAUCACAUUUGCAAACAGAUGUGCUUUUUGUAGAGCUGUCAACGGGGAAAAUGAAUGUACUGAAGAAUUUAAAGGACCCUAUCAUGUCCAAAGACUGGCCCUGGAACAGUGACAACAGAAUUAUGAAAGACAGUGGAUUAUUUGGACAGUAUCUUAUUACACCAGCUAAGGAUUCACUGUUUGUUAUUAAUGGGAGACAAAACACAUUACACUGUGAGGUUUCAGGUAUCAAGAGGGGUAACACGAUGGUCUGGGUUGGAGAAGUAUGAAAGGGCACAAAUGUAACGCCUUCAGCAGACGAGUACUGAUUGGACCUUACACUGCAACAAAUAGGCAGUAGCAUUGUAUAUUUUUACACUGGGGAAAAAACUGUAUAAGCUUCAUGGUGCAACACUGGUCUCCUUGCAAGUUUUAUAGUAUAAGGUAUGCUCUGCUAAUAGAAAUUGGGUUGUAUUGGGAUAUUUUUUGGAAGUAUGAUUUAUGGCUUGAGUUAUGAAAAGAAUAUACACCCGGAAAGAGAAUAAUUUCUCCACCGAGGUAUUGUAUAAGCUGCAUAACUUGAUGAUUCUGUUGAACAACACAGCUUCUGAAUUUCAGUACUGAUGAGUCUCUAAGCCACGUGGAAGUCGUCAGUUUUCUUUCAGUCAGUCUACCUUCAAAUCAUCUUUCCUCUGACUGUAGGGCCCUGAUUAUGCCAUCCUUAACAUUGCCUAAAUAUGUAAGCAGUAAAAAUGAAUUUAAAACUGAUCUUUGUAGUAAGAAAAAACCCCACUGAAAGCACUUUUCAAAAUGCAGACAUUUAGGCAAGAGAUUUAAUGGAAAAUGAUUGGUUUACUUUGUGGGAUCAUGUUAGAUGUUAUCCUUUGAUGUAAUUUCCCUACCAAACAUGACAGAAGAAUCUACUAUCAGCUUUUUUUUUUAUCUUUCUUCUCUUUUGCUAUGGGGAUACUGAAAGGAUUGCAGUAGUAUCACCUCUUCCAGAGCGUAUAAAGAACAUCAUCCGACUGUAUUUAUGAAAUUUCUUAGUGGAAAAAAUUGGGGAUUGGAAGUUGGCUUUGAGAGCCAGAAAAUACAGCAAGUCAGAUAUGCAGAAUCUAUCAUAUCAGGAGAUAAAGUAUUCUUCCUUCAGCAGCAUGUGACUCAAGUCAUAUAGGACAUUGUCUGCAAAAUCCUUUCCUGCCUGGCAGCUAGCAGAAGAGCCGGGUUGUUGCUAAUGUAGGCAGAAACAUUUCUAGAUAUUAUUCAUUUCCUUCAUUAGCAAUUUACCAAUGCUGAAGGGAUUUAGUUCUUUGUAAAACAAUGGCUAGGUAUCCAACUUCCCUAAUUUCAGUAACAUAUUUUUAAUGUAGCAUUCACCCAUUAUAAUUGUAGUCUUACUUUGCCUAUCUCUCUUCAGAGGUUCUCAGGAGGAUUAUUUUGCCUUUUUCCUCCCAUUUAUAUUUCACUCUUUUUUAUCUUCAAUUACCAUUCAGUUAAGACAAUGGAGAUUCACAUAAAAAUCAAAUAAAUUACCCCAAAAUGAAGCUGCUGGCAUCAAAAAAGUUAAAUUGAUUUCCCAUAAAAAUGACCAUCCUUUUGCACUUUUUAUAGCUAUAUAAAAAGCUUUUCUCCAGUUCUGUUUAGUAGUUUUCAGUGUUCAUCAUCAUGAAAUAAACAGGAUAAGAGUAGUUAUGAGUAACUAUUCAAAGUGGUGCAAGCCAGGCAACUACUAUUACAAACAGUAGGAAAUGAGCAGCUAAAUAACAACCCAAAUGUAAUCUUGAUGAUAGUGCAAACUCCCUUUUCCGGGAAAGGCAUCUGUUAUAUCCUAGCAUUUGGCCUUUUGAAUUACCGGAAGGUAACCAUGCUAGAACAUUUCCUUGGCACCCAAAGUUUUUACGAAAGCAGUUGUUGAAUAUACAGUGAAAUUGUUGUUAUCCAGCACUCUGUUAACCAGAAAACAUUGUUAACCGGCAUUGCCCCCAGCCACAAUACCCCGCAUCUUCAGGUGCACAUGCCUGACUCCCACCUGUCCAGCCAGACAGCUUGAUGCUGCCAGUCAUUGCGGGGCUUCUGAUGGACUACACUGCUUGAUGAUGUCAUCAUCAGGUGCCUCCUUCCCCCUCAGCCUGCCUGGAACUGCCAGGAGUCAGACCUGCCCGAGGGUUCCCAGUCAGCUGGCCCACUCAUCUGCUUGCCACUUAGGAUGGCUCUGUGGCUAAGGGGAAGGGUUGCCAGGUGUUCCCACAGGGGGAGGGAGAGGAGAGUUGGUCACUGUGGUUUCCUCUGGGUAAGGGGUAGGGGCAGAGCAAUGAGCUCAAGUAUCCCACACAUUCCAUUUACUGGCAACCCCCAUUUCCCAUGAGUGCCCGAUAACAAAGCUUUCACUGUGUAUGGUGAUACUUAAAAGAUGCUGUAACUGUUUUCCAGCACAGCUAUUUGUUAUCCUCCUCACAACACAGGUAAAAGGAUUUUAAUGGAAGGAUACAGAGCAACACUGAUAGCCUUGAUUUAAACAUUAGCUUUGACUGAAAGAGUUGCUUUUUUAGGAUGGCUGUAGACAUUGACCAUCUUAAUUCUUUAACGAUAAGUAUAAAUCAGUUUAGAAGAAUAAAAAAAAGGCAAUGAAUCCUAUGAAUUCAUUAGAUAUGAAAUCCUUUAAAUUGUCCUUUAAUGUUGAUGAUAGGAUGAAACCUAUAUAUUUUCUCUUAUGAGCCAUAAAGAUUAGAAAACAUUAUCCCAUCAUUAAAACAUGGACAUACCUUCAUUUAGAAAUGCAUGGUGCUCAUGGUUCUCUAUUCACAUAGUGAGAAAACAUACACAUGUCAAGGAAAGGAGGAGAUCAACUUUGUAAGUACUUUUAAAUAUGCACAAACUCCUUUCUAGAACAAAACUGUCUCCAUACAUUGCACUCAUCCUUGAAGUGUUUUAUUAGGCCAGACCACUGCGCUAGUGUUAUCUUUUAUGACUUCUUGUAUAUUUUAUUAUGCCUAUUGUAAGUUUCUUUGUAGAGAAGUUCAUUGUGUCAUAGAUCAAGCAAAUAUUACUUUUUUAAUAAUAUUUUAAAAAAAUGUAAAUAUCUGUUCAGUAAAUAAUUCUUACAACUGGUGUAUAUAGGCUGUAGAGGAUGUGUAAUAGCCCUCAUGUCUUUCUGUUUGUCUCAAAAUCUUGGACUAGAGGUCACUCAACUUCCCACAUUAACCUUCCAAAGAUGUUCCUGUUUUUUCCUACUGCAGCCCACGCUCUGGUAAUGUGUUUUCUAAAGUAUCCUACUGGUUUUAUCAUACUUACUUAGAAAAUGAAGUAUGAUUUAGAUUGUCCACGCUAGCUGUGAACAGUUCUAAUCAUGGUCAAUCUAACAUUAAAGUGCUGCACAUUUGUAUUUCUGGAUUUUUUUUCAUAUGUCACAAAGAGCACCAUUUUCUCUGUACCAGAUAGGUUUAACUUGUGUUUGCCUUUCCAUUCUGAUUGCAAGCAUAUUAAAUCUCCUUGAUUGCAGUUUCUUUUUCAUUUUUUUUGGUAUGGAAGUAGCAAUUACUUCACCACUUCACAUUUUUUCCUGACUAAUGAAUUACUAAACACAAUGAUUAAUUGAAAUGAAUUUAAAUUGAAUUAGCAAAUAAUUAGUUAUUUGAACAUGCUGAUGGAUCACUCAGGCAUUCCAUUUGAUGGCCACUAGUUGGAUCACAGAAAAUAUUCAGACCCACUUCCUCAGAUCAAAUAGUGGAA